AUGAGUUUUUCAAGAAUAUUUAUCACUUUAAUCAGCAUAUUUUCACUGAAUAAUUAAUUUUUUUGCAAUAAAUGCCCUGCGCUACAGAUGAUCAACAAUCCAAAAAUAACUGAAGGGUAUAUUGUUUACAGUUUCCUUAGGAUUCCAAAGACUAACAUUCUAAUCAUUAACACAAGUUAAUAUUACAAUCCUAAUACUAAUAUAGUUUAUUAUUAUGAUAUGUCAUCAGGCUAAGGAGAAGUUAUCAAUAUUGUAAUUCCUGAUUUCUUUAUCUUGAAUAUGGAAUACAAUUAACUUACAGAUUAAUUUGUGAUAUCAAAUAAAUAUAAUCUUAUUUUUGCUGAAUUAUAUACACUUAAAACAAUAUAUUAUAUUUCAAUUAAUUCUAUCUCAUCAUUAAAGAUCAUUAAAGAUACUAACCUUAUUAUUUUGACUAAUAACUAUAAUAUCUUGCAAAUUUUUGACUUUUAGAAAUACCAAAUAGCGCUAGUUAUGGAUAAUACUCAAUCUCUUCAAACAUUUCCUGAUAAUUCUCCUCUUUAUUAAUAUUAUUCUGAUAUUUAUAAGCUAUCUUCUGGAGAUUUUAUAAUAGUUACAGUUAAUGACAUGGGAGUUAUUACUUGGUCAAUAGACUUGAUAAAUUUAACAUACAAAUUUAAUGGCUAUAUUCCAGAUUCUCAAGUAUAAAAAGGUGAUAACACUAAGUAUUUUGCUAAACAUCUAACACUAGAUAUAUUAUUUAUUGUUGGUUAGUAUUUUCAAGUUCAGGUUGUCAAAAUUUAAGAUAUUAAAAAUGGCCAAUAUUUAACUAUUUAUAAAGAUUAUAUUUAUUAUUUUUGGGACUCAAUAUUUAACAUUUUGUAUGAUGAAAUCAUUAUUAAUGAUAGUAGAGAACCUAUAAUAUUGGUUAGCACAAAUCAAUAUUUAGCUAAAGCUUAGGUGCAUUUUAAUGAGGAUUUUACUAAAAUGGAGGUUGUAAAGACUUCUUUUACAUGGUUUACAAUUUAUUAUAAAUGGUAUAAAAUAGAAGAAAGUCCAAUUUUAUUUAUGUCUUCUUAGACUUAUAUAACCAUAUACAAUUAUGAAAACUUUGAUUCCCAUUACUAUAUUUAUUUUGGUGGUGAUUCUAUAAGCAGAAGGUUUAUAAGACAAAAUGGAGUAGAUCCAGAUUUAUUUAUACUUAUGUAUCAAAAUUAGAUAAGGAUAAAUGAGAGAGGUAACUUUGGAUAAUACUCUAAAUAUGUAAAACCUUAUCUCUCAGGAAAUAUAAGGCAAACAUAUUGUAGUUUCUUUUAAGUAAAAAACAUUUUUGAUUGGUAUUUGAUUAAAAGCGGUGAGGAUGGAAGCAAUAGUUUAAUCUUUACUGUACCCAUUUUCCCGAUAAGCUAAUCUAACACUUAAAUUGAUAUAACUUCUUCAUAUGGGUUAUAUUGGAUAGAUAUUAAUUUUAAUUUAGAUCCUUUCUAUUUAUUUGAUAAAAUCUUUGUAGCUUUAGCUUUCCCAAAUAAAAAAAAUACUGAAAAUUAUCUUUUUCAACUAAUUAAUUGCCAAUCAACAACUGAAAGAUACUAUUUGACUUCUAAUUCAAGUGAUGUUAGAAAUAUUUAGACUGUUUAUGCUCUAGCCUCCUUAGAAGAUAAGAAAAAUCUAGAACUAAUAGGGGUAGAUAGUUAAGGUACUGUAUAUGUAUGGGACUUAAGCUCGCUUAAUUUAACCUUCAAAUAUUAUCAAAAAUAUGAUUUUUGUUAAAAUUCAUUUAUUGGAGAUGUUUUUCACUACCUAAGCUUAAAACGACUCAUUAUUGCUUGUAGCUCAAAUAAAGUUUACUCUCUUGAUUUUGUCACAGGAGAUUAUCAAUAUCUAGCUUAAUUAAGCUACACAACAUUAGCUUUAAGAGCAUUUUCAAGUCCAUAAUUGAUAGCAAUUGGUGAAUAUGACUCAGGAGCAAUUUAAUUAUGGAAAUUUAAUCAAGCCACAUCAAAAUUUGAUCUCUUCCUGUCUUUUAAAUUGGACAUUAUAUAAGAUGCUUUGAUUUACUUCGACAUGUCCAAUGAUUAUACUUUAUGGAUAUAGUAUUCGAAUUUAAAUAUUUUUUACUCUAUUAAGGAUUGUCUCACUGAUUCUUCUCUUUGCAAACAAUGUACACAAUAAUAUUACUUCAAUACUACUAACUCAUAUGAUAGAAAUUCUGUAUAUGGAGUAGGUACUUUUGAAUAGCCUUUUACGAGUUCUUAUAAUUUUAUUUCUACUAUAAUUAAAGCAUAAUUUUACAAAUAAAUUGUGAGUGGAGUUUUUGAUAUGAGUGUAUCUAUAUUUAUAACUCCUGAUAAUUAACUAAAUCUAAACCCAAGUAUUAUGAACUUUGGCUUUAAUAGUAUUAUUUCUUUAGGCUUUAAUAGUACUGAAAAGGGUACAUAUGCAAGUAUUGGAUAUUAAAAUACUUUAUAAUUUGAUAAUUUUAACAGGAUUAGCUUUUAAGAUAUUAUAAUUAAUUUUAAUUUUACAAAAGCAAAUAAUAGUUGUGGUAUUCUCUUUUAAAAUAUAUUAUUAGGAGCAUUCAUAAAUAAUAUUUAACUCUAUAAUAUAAAUCAAAAUUUAUUUCCUAAAAGUUGCUAGUCUAUUUAAGCUAUCUCAACAUAAUUGAAUAUAGGAAAGUAUAUCAUUUAAAAUGAAGAUUUUUCAAAUCAUUUAUAAGUAAUUACUCAGUUUAAUUCAAGUCAAAUUUUUAUCUCAAACUUUUAUUUGAUAAAUUGCACAUUAGGUCCAUAAUUCAGUAUAUUUUAACAGUAAACUGAUAUAAAAGCCUCUUUAACCAAUAUUGUAUUAUCAUAAAACAAAUGCUUUAAUCAGACAAAUUAAGUAAAUAAUUCUUCAUCUGCAUUGUUUUCAGCUGGCUUAUUUAGUGUUGAUGGAUUUUAAAUAAUAAACAACUCUUUCUGUUAGAAAACUAUAUUUGAUACUAUUGCUACUGCUCAGUAAAAUGAUUCAACAUUUUUCCUUAAUAACAUAACUUUGAUAAAUAAUCAAUUUUAGACUUCCACUACCUAUAUACUUUUUAAUGCACUUUAUUAGAUGAGAGCCUUUCCAUCUCAUUAACUAAAUGUAAGCAAUUUAUACUUUGAUAAUAAUAAAAUAAUUAAGUUCAGUAGUAAUGAUACUAUUGAUCGAGCUUAAUACUUUGAAACUAGCAAAAUAGCUUCUAUUAAUUCAUAUAAUGUGACUAUAAAGAACUAAUUAGAUAUUUAGUUUGGAUUGAUUCAAAUAUCAAAUGUUGUAAAUUUUACUUUAUUUGAAUGUUACAGUGAUGAUAAUUUUUACAACAACUCUUAAAAUAUUGCUGUUAAUGGUUGCUUAUCUCUUAAAGAAAUUGCAUCUACAAUUAUUAAUAAUGCUAAAUUUUAUAAGAAAAGGCUAAAAGAUAGCAGUUUAUUAUCACUUGAAAAUAAAUCACUUUAAUUUGCAACCAUAAGUAUUUUAACUAGUUCAUUUUCUGAUUUGGUUCUGUUUUAAACAAAUGAGAACACUUAAACUAUGCCUGUAUAUUUAGUGAGCAACUAAAAUUUAUAAGUUUCUAUUGAUAAAUGCCUUUUUUAAAAGAUAAACUUGCAAAGCAUACAAUUUACUUAAACUUAUUCAGUAACAGGAUUAUGGAUUUUAGAUUAUGCUGGUUCUGUAUAAAUUUCAAAUUCAUAAUUUAAAGAUUCAUACAGUAAUUCAUAAUAUGGAUUUGGUUAUAUUCAAGUCAGCUAACUUUCACUUGAUACGGUUGUAUUUAAUAACUCUUCAUUUGUAGAAGAUGACUCACUAUCUUUGUACAAUUAGUAUGGUGGAAUGCUUAAUAUUAGAGCAGAUAGAGUAAAUUUACUUAAUUGCAAUUUUAGUAAUUCUACAGCCUAAAAAGGUUCUUUUCUUUACAUGGUUUCUUCUAACGAAACAUUUAACAUUUUAUUCACAAAUAUUUCUUUCAGUUAUGGAUUUGCAUUAUUGGAUGGAGGUGCUUUUUUCAUAGAUACUAAUGGCUAUUAUAUAAAUUUUAAAUGUGAAAACUGCUAAUUUAGUAAUUUAUACAUUUAUUAACCUUAAGCUUCAAUAAUUGGAAUUCAGUAAAACUCAUAAAAUUAAGAAAGUGAUAAAAACUUUGUAAUUUUUGAUAGAGGAUAUAUUAAUAAUACCAUAGGAAUACAAGAAAAUUAUUUCUUAACACUUUCUUAUGCUUAUAUCUAAUUUAUUAAUAUAAAUUAAAGUUAUUAUGAUGUAGCUUUGAAGUCAAGAGCUUUGAGAUAAUUUUUAAGUUUAAAAGAUUAAUAGCAAUCUACCUUGAUUAACAUAAUUAAUUCAUAAGCAUCACUUAUAAAAUGUAGUAUUUCUAAUUUAUAAAUUAAAAACAAAUAAUCUUAGAUUCCUCUUCUUAUACAAUCUUACGAUUCAGUUAUUAAUCUAAUUAAUUCAUCAAUUUAGAGAUGUUAAUUUGUUAGAAGUGUUAUUAAUUUAGUUGGAGGAUAAUUAUUUAUAGAUAAUACUAUAUUUUAAAAUAUUUAUUAAUUUUAUUCUAAGAGAAUUUUAUUUGAUCUUAAUGAGAACAAGCUAAUUACCUAGUCUAAUUCGUUAAUUAUAACAAAUAAUACAUCUAUUUAAAUAUUAAACAAUUCCAAGUUUGAGUAACUAAAAUGUGACUCUUGCAAUGGGGCUGCUCUUUAAGUUAUUAAUGGCAAUAUUAACAUUUAAGAUUCAAUCUUUAAUCAAACCACUGCUUAAUUAGGAGGUGCAAUAUUUAUAACAGGAUUGGUAGGGAAUAAUUACAUAAGAAAAACUAUUUUUGUUGAAGGUUAAUCUUAGUAUAAUGGGGGUUCAUUAUAUUUUCAAUAAUAGCAAUAAUAAAAUCCAUUUAGUCUAGAUAUUAGUGAAUGCUAAUAUUUGAAUAAUACAUCGAUAGAUGGUAAGGGAGGAUCUCUAUAUAUUUCUUCUAAUAGUUUAAAUCCUUUAAAUAUGAGCAUUAGUGUUUAUUUUACUGAUUUUAUUAAUAAUCUAGCAUAAAUUGGAGGAGCUAUUUACAAUUAAAAUAUCUCUAUUUAAGUUUAUAAUUCAUAAUUUAUGUAAAAUUAUGCCAAAAUAUUUGGUUCAAAUAGCAUUUCUUACCCAACAAAACUUCUCUUAGUUAAUAUUGAAUAAUUUUUGAGCAAAUACAAUGGAACUAUUACAAAUAACUAAAUAAUUAUAUAAAAUUUUAGAAGUGGACAUUUUUUUGAAGAUAUUUAAUUCUAAAUGAUAAAUGACUUUGGUGAAGUAAUCAUUCCAGUUAGUUAUGAAGAAAAACAAUCUUAUAGAGUUUAGGUUAGGAUAAACUAAAAAACUAAAAAUUCUGAAAAUUACUAAAUAACAGGAGAAUUAGACACUUCUUUUAAUAGAUAAUCACAAUUAUACACUUUUUCAAAAUUAUAUUUAGUUGGAACUCCUAACUCCUCAGUUAUUAUUUAGUUUUAUUCCAAUCAAAUAUAUAAUCUAGAAGAUUAAACUAAUUAAUAUAUAUAAACAUAUUCAUAUGAUAUAAUAGUGAAUUUUAGAGAAUGUAUUUCAGGAGAAUAAAUAAAACAAUAUAACUCUCUUACUUAGUGUGAUAUUUGCAAAAAAGGUCAAUAUUCCUUGAAUAUUCAAUAAUGUUAAGACUGUCCAAUAGGUGCUGAGUGUUUAGGUGGAAAUAAAAUAGAAAUAAAGGAAGGCUUUUGGAGAAGAUCUUAGGAAAUAGACUUGAUUUUAUCAUGCGAAAAUCAAAAAUCUAAUUGUAUUGGUGGCUCUUAUGGAAAUCAAAUUUGCUAGGAAGGACAUAUAGGAGCUUUAUGUGAAGAAUGUGAUAUAAAUGGUGAUUAUUGGGGAGAAAGUUAUUCUUAAAAUUCUAAAUAUUCUUGCUAAAAAUGCAGUAGAGUUAAAAAUAACAUAUGGAUUUUAACUCUUAUAACUAUUUGGACAUAGCUUUCUAUGGCUAUAGCAAUUAAAGAGAAUAUAAAAAAUUUAGAAGUUGAAAAUGCUUAGAUAUAAAAAGCAAUAAACAAAUAAAGAAACAAAUUAAAAUCAGCUAAAAUGUUUGAAACUAAAUUAAGUAUGAUGAAGACUUUUUCUAAUACUAAAAUUAGUAAUCCUGUAAAUAUUGUUUAAAAAUAAAAAAAAAUUAAAAUGGAAACAUAAAGAAAUAAAAAUUAAAUUGAAUCACAAAGCAUUUAUUUAAAAAUACUGACAAAUUAUUUUUAGAUUGUUAGUUGUGUUUCUACCUUCAAUCUAACAAUACCUUCAGGUAUUAUUCAACUGCCCUAAUCUGUAGGCAAUCCUAUAAAAUUAACUAUGAAUUCUUUAGAUUGUUUAUUGAUAGAAAUUUAAAGUGAUAUACCGAUUAUCUAUUUUAGGCUAGUUUUUUCACAAAUUAUUCCAAUAAUUUACAUUUUAAUUAUCUUUCUUGGAUUACUAAUUAAGCAUUUAUGUUAAAAAAGAAAAAAUAACUUAUAACAAUUUCCAUAUUAUGCUCUUUCUACAGCUUGUCUCUUCUUGAUAAUUUUUAUUUAGCCCGACUUAGUAACCUAGUUUAUAGCUUUAAUAUCGUGUAGAACUAUAGGAGAUAGAGUUUACAUUUUGUCAAAUGUUUCAUAUGAGUGCUUUACAGAAUAACAUAUCAAAUAUAUGAUUAUUUUAGUUGUACCGUUACUUAUUUUUUGGGUAUUAAUAAUUCCUUUAGUUUUAUUUACGUUGCUAGUACGCAAAAAAAGUAAGCUAGAUGACUCAAAUUCCAAACUGAACUUGGGUUUUCUUUACAAAGAAUAUAAAAACAGUGCUUAUUUUUGGGAAUUCAUAAAAAUGGCUGAAAAACUUUCAAUAAUUCUGGUUUUAAAUUUUUAUUCUUAAACAAUUACGGUUAAAGGAAUAUUAAUUUUUAUAAUAAUUUCACUUUACGGAAUUUUAACGUCAAUAGUAGAACCCUUUAAAUAAGUAAACAUCAACCAAAUUGAUAUAUAAUCAACAAAUGUUUGCUCUAUUACAAUAUUGCUUGCUAUUUUUAUGAAUAGAAAUCCUUUUUCAUAUUUUUAUUAUCCUUCUUUUGGAAUAUUGGUUUUGAUUAAUUUUAUAUUUAUUAUAUUUUUACUGAAAUUGAUCAUGACCACCUACCUAGAUUUUAUGAAAUCUUAAAUUUAAAAUUUAGCUUCAUAAUACUCUGAUAAGUUUAAUUUCUUAAAAAAAUUCUAAAGAGAUUCUUAAGUUACAAAAAAACUUAACCCUAAUUUAAAACUAAAAGUGUAAAGAGCCUUUUAAAAUUAUUUGAAUAUGAAUCAAACUUAAAGGAAAUAGAUUUUCAUAAAUAUCUUUGAAAAGUAGCUAAAUUUUAAAAGUAAGAGUACUGAGCUUAGACUUUAAUACCCAAAUACUAUAUAAAGUUCUAUAAUAUUAAGUAUGAAAAGCCAGGAUAUUUAACAAGAGAGAAAUUCAUUAUUUUUGGUAAGAGACACUAAUUUAGAUUUAGCUUUUAAUACAAUCAAAACAAAUAAUUACUAGAAUUUAUAAGGUAUUAAAGGUCUUUAAUAAUAAACACAAUAAAAUUGA